AUGGUGCUGGUGUGGUCCAGCCGCUGGCUGACCCUGUUUGAGAAGCACCACACGCGCAGCGACGAGGCGCGCUCUCUGGCUCAGAAGCUCUUCUUCUCCCAGUUCCUGAACUCGGCCCUGAGCACCAUCAUUGCCAAUGCGCACCUGCCGGGCCUCUCAAAGCUCAUCGCCGGCACACAGGUCCAGAAAAUAUUCUUCCAGGGCAUCUACACAGACCUGACGCCAAACUGGUACAAGACAGUGGGCACCUCCAUCGUGACGUCACAAUUUGUCGCCACUGCAGUGCGCUUUGCCAACGUCCUGGCAGCCUGGCUGCUGAUGAAGUGGCGCAUGUGGCGCCGCUCUGCCUGCCUCACACAGGUGCGGAGAGUGAUGAUCCUGCUGCUGCUGCUCCUGCUGCUGCUGCUGCUGCUGCUGCUGCUGCUGCUGCUGCUGCUGCUGCUGCUGCUGCCGCCGCUGCUGCUGCUGCCGCCGCUGCUGCUGCUGCCGCUGCUGCUGCUGCCGCUGCUGCUGCUGCUGCUGCACCCCAAGUGCAGCGCUGUUGUUGCCGAGGAGCUGCAAGAAACUCUGAGGGGCCCGGCCUUUGAGCUUGAUGCGCGCUAUGGGCAGCACCUCAACGUCAUCUAUGUAGCGCUCCUCAUAUCGGGAGGCAUCCCGAUCGCGUACGCGUCCGCGGCGGUGUGGUUUGCCGCCGCCUACUGGUAUGAGAAAUGGGAGCUGCUCAAGCUCAGCCGGCGGCCCGUGGCCUACGGCGGGGCGCUGUCGUCGUCCAUCAACCACAUGGUGCCCUUUGCAACGGUGUUCCACUUUGCGUUUGCACUCUGGGCCUACUCGUUUUUCGGGACCUCCACCAGCCGCCUGCUGACGCCAGGAUUCUCGCAGCUGAUGCUGGCCAUAACCGCAAAGCUGGAGCCCGUGUGGCGAGACGCGAGCGGCCUGCCACCCGGGCUGGCGGCGCACCGGCUUGUGUCGGCGUCCGGGCUGCACCUGCUCGCGGCCCUGGUGGUGGUGGCCGGCAUCCUGGUCAUCAAAAUCAUGAUCACGGCCUGGGCCAAGGGCGGGCGCUCCCUGCUGUCCCUGGUGGGCCUCAUCGCCGACUCGGAAGACCAGCAGAUCAGCGGCGCCCCCGAAUUUGCGAUCGCCCUCAGGACGCAGCUGCUGGUGGGGGGCAGCACGUACGCCAUCCAGGCCCAGCCUGAGUACCAGGCGGCGUUUGCUCGCCCCGACGAGGACAGCCAGGAGGGCGACGGCGUGGAGGUGCAGGUGGCACUCCAAAGCACCAAGCGCAAGGGAGCUGCGGCGCCGGGCGCACACACCCCAGACGGUGCACGCGUCAGCCCCCGCGCCCCCGCGCGCCGCAGUUCGAGCAGCGGCGGGAGCGGCGGCGGCGGCAGCGAGCGCGAGCACGAGGGGGCCCCGGGUUCUUGGGAGCGGAGGAGGCACGGCGCGGAGGCGGCCCCGGAUCCGAACAUCCAGAUCAUCCGCCAGGGGUCGAGCCGCGUCGGGGAGCAGCGGCAGGCGCAGCGGCAGGACACGCCGCUGACGGGCGCGCAGCGGUUCAGGCGUGCGCGGGCGGGGCAGGUCAUCCCCGUUGAGGAGGAGUCCGCGCCAGACGGCGAACUCCAGGGCUUCGGCGGCGUCGGCGGCAUCAGCGGGCGCCACGGGGGCCGGCUGCGCAGGAGCGGCAGCGGCAGCGUCAGCCGACGCGGCGGGGGGGCGUAG